GCGACGAUGUGGUUCCUCCUUCUGCUCCUCCACACCUUCGCUCACUUCGGGCCGGUGAGCUCAGCAGACGCAGAACAAGGGAAGAUCAUCCUACGGAACGAAAACAACGCUAACCCCUGUGAAGGACAUGUGGAGGCUUAUUAUGCGAACGAAAUGGGCUAUGUUGGAGAUAAAAAUUGGAACAACAAAACUGACGAAGUGGUGUGCAGAACCACUCACUGUGGACGGCCAGUGAGAAAGUCCAACGUGUACAGGCCCUUCGGCAGUACAGUCUGGCUGAAUGAACUGGAAUGCAAAGGGGACGAAAAAAGUCUGUGGGACUGUGACGGUUGGCCUGGUCCAAAGGUCAGCUUUUACAGAAAGCCCACGGUGAAAAGAAUCACAUGUUCAUAUGAAAUCAGCUUCGAACUGGAACAACAUCAGUGUGAAGGAGCGGUCAAGUACAGGAUCCAGUCAGCUGACGAGAAUCUAACUGGUUACAUCUGCAGUGAUGGGUUUGAAGACGAUGAUGCCACGCUUUUGUGUAACAGCAUUCCUCGCUGUAAGGGGGCCGGAAAAAAGGUGACCUCUCAGUGGAUGAGGACUGACACAUUCAUGAGUUCGCAGCAGGGGGCGCUGAUAAAAUGCGCAGGCAUUCAGAAUGUGAAACAUCUGUGGCAGUGUGUGGAAUCACUGUCCUCAAAAUGCAAAUUGCCUGCAGCGGUCAGUUGCAAAGGCCACAAAAGAUUCCAGCUGAGAGGAAAGAAGUCCAACGUUUGCUCUGGGCAGCUGGAAGAGGAGGUGAAUGACAAGUGGAAACCCAAUAAGAACAAGAAAACGAAUCCUGACUUGUGUAAAAAACUGCACUGCGGUUCCUCUCAGGCCCAUGAACAGAACGCCACAGACAACCAUGUGAAUUGCACAGACCAGGUGAAAGUCGUUCUGACAGAUAACAGUGGCGAAGAAACCAAGUGUUAUGGUUACGUCAAAAUACAAAGGAACGAUGUUAGAAACCAUGUUUGUGGCGCUGACUGGACUGACAAAGAAUAUGAAAUGGUCUGUGAAGAACUGGGAUGUGGGAAGGUGAUUAAAAAGGAAAUGAAAAGCAUAAACAUAAAGGAUGGAAUAAUGAACCAUGUGAAAUGCACAGGCGGUGAGUCCUCCCUGUGGUACUGCAGAGCCGAACAUCGCCAACAACAGUGCACAUCUGUUCCCUAUGUCGCCUGUCAAGCUAGUCUAGAAGUCAGACUGCAGGACGGCCCUGGAAAGUGUGCUGGUCGACUGGAAGCUAAGGUUGAAGGCCAGUGGAAAAGUGUCAGUAACAGUGGCUGGGGUGCUAGUUAUACACAACACGUCUGCAAGCUGUUGGACUGUGGGGAUGGAGGAGAAGACAAAUCGAAUUCUGAUGAAUUCAGCCAGGGCACUGGUGAUAAGGUAACCUUCAGCUGUACAGAGGCUGAUAAAACCAUGACUGACUGCAAAGCCACUGAAAUCAAAAAUAAAAAAGGGAACGAGAAUGAGAAAGCAGUGCAACUAAUUUGCAAUGAAAACAAGUUGCUAUUUCUGGAUGGACCCCAAUCAUGUUCUGGCGACGUGACGAUCGAGUACAACAAAGAACUCUAUUGGCUCUCGGGGUCAAACGAAACAUGGAAUAAAGAGUUAGCCAACAAAGUGUGCCAGCAGAUGCACUGUGGGAACGCGUCAAGCUUCAGUCAGAGAGGUUCUGAAGACAGAAAUCGCAUGUGGAACGAGUCGUUUAGCUGCUCAUCUGAUCAGAAGUCAAUCUUCGACUGCAACAGAAAACAAAUUAACUCAAAUAGUUCAACUAUUGCUCAUGUGGAAUGUGAAGGAAAAAUUACAGUGACCUUGCAGCACGAGUGCUGGGGAGCGGUCAAGAUUUCUACAAGAGACGACACCGGUUAUGUAAGUGGAAGGCACUGGUCAGAUACGCUGUCCAAGGAGCUGUGUAAAGAACUCGGCUGUGGGACUGAGAUUCUAAGACCCACAAGAAGGCCUGAUACAAGACUUGAAAUUAAGUUCAAAAGUCUGUUUAAAAUGAAGAAUAGCGUCAAUAUGAGCCAGUACAGCAUUGUUAAAAUGGAGACGAAUCCAGAAUCCACAAGGAGUCCAGAACCCAGGGAUCCUGCCUAUGUUGUUUGUAAAGGCAGCGUUAAGCCGAGAUUUAAUGAUAAGGAUAACGAGCGUCACAAGUGUUCUGGAAACGUUGAGGUGUUUUAUGAAGACCAAUGGUUUCCAGUGAGCAAAGCAGAUCUAGACAACAAGGAAACUCAAAAGACCAUCUGCAUGGAGCUGAAAUGCGGCGACGGUCUGGACUCAAAGGCCUACUUUGGGCCCAGACCAACAAUGAGUAAUGUCGUCAAAGUACAGGAAUGUUCACAAAACACAAUAGCCAAAUGUAAAGUUGUCACCUUUGAAAGCAACAGUCAGAUUUCAGACCCAGGAGGCCUCCACUGCUCCAACUGGAGGACUUUGGCACUGGAAGACUUUGGCACAUCGCAGUCGUCCUCUGAGGACGUCUGUAAAGGAGACCUGGUUGUUUACUCCAACAAAGAAUCAGAGCCCAAAAGAAAUUUUGUCUCCAGUCAAGAUUUGACAGAAGCCGAGGGGCAAAAGCUGUGUGAUGCUAUGAAGUGUGGGAAGUACAUAACGUACACAAACUCAACUGGAGACCUCAAGGCUGACAAUUGGCAUGAAGGGAUUUUUAAAUGCAAAAAUUCUAAAAAUAUCUGGGAUUGUGAGACCCAGAAACAGCAACAAGAUCAGAAUAAAACAGCAAAACUCUUCAUUGAAUGCAAAGGUAAUCCAAAAAUAAAACUUUCACAGACUGGAGAGCUGUCAAUAGAUGGUGUUACGGUCUGCAACAGUGACUGGGAAGAGGAUUAUUCACACAUGGUUUGCCAACAGCUGGGAAAAGGCAAUGCCAUUCCUAGUCUGAGCAAAAAACAAAGUACAACCCUUAGGGAUUCCUACAUUGUCCACUGCGAUAAACACAAUUACCUCAUUGGUCAGUGCCAACGAACCAAAGGGAAGUGCAACGAAGGGCCGGUGUCUAUCUACUGCAGCCGUGACGUGGAGUUUAACACAACAGAAACAUGUGGUGGUGUGCUAAGUAUCAAAUAUCAGAAAACUCCAGAAAAACGUUUGGAAGUGUGCCCAUCCAACUUUCCACGAGGUUUAUCAAAUAAGUUGUGCAACAAAUUAAACUGUAGAGAUUUCGAUCCAAGUAAAAGAGCCAUUAAGCAGUUAAAAAUGGAACAAAGUCUCGACUGCAGCAGCUCCUACAAAGACCUGCGCUACUGCGUCUUAAAGGAGAAGUGUGAAACUCCUACUUCCUUUUUCUGUGAAGGUUACCAGGAGCGAACACCAGAUCCUCUCCCAGUAGAACCAACAAAUCCAGUUCCCAUUAUUGUUGGAUUGCUAAUUGUUCUCAUCCUGGUUGCAUUGAUUGUGAUAUUAGUACGCUACCGCAUUAAGAGGAGGAACAGGAAAUCCAUGAUGCCAUCAGCAGAUAUGGAGGAAGCGGACUGGGAUAGUGGAGAGUACGAAGACGUCGACAAAUCAGAUGAAAUGGGAAGCUUUAAUCGUAGCCGAUUCAGAUCCGACUCAGACGUGGAGAGGGAGAGAGAUGUGGAGAGCAACAGGUCCUACAACUACGACGACGUGGAUGAGAUGACCGAGGCUCAGCCUCUCACACCUCAGGGCUCCAUGGUCCGAGCCGCUCAAGACCAAGACCUGCAAGAUGGGGCUGAUAAGCCAAGCGAUGACGGUGUGACCUACGAAGUGGAAGACUCACAGGAAAACUACGACGACAUCGAUGCCAGCCCUGAGAACGCCAAAACCAUGGCGGAAGUCCAUGACGGGCCCAAACCUGAGCCUGAUGGCGAUGAAGAGGGAACUAAAGACCAGUUCCAGAAAAAUGAAGAGUACCUGGUGCCGGGUCAGGAGGGGUGAGCCUGAACUGGGUCAAAAUUCAAAUCAAACAAAAUUCUGGGUCAAAGACAAAAUGGAUGGUCCCAAAAACCUGUCUUCAGUUUAACAUGAAAACUAAUAAUAAUGCAGAAAGUGAAUGUUGUAAAGCUGAAAGCAUUUCUGGGAAGAAUUAUAGACAAACUGAAACUUUUGUAUUAUAUGUAUCAUACCAGACGUUGCAAGACUUAUUUGUUUAAUACCUUACAUUAGAGCUUUAUUUACAAUAAAGUAUUAGAGCCAGGCUAAGAUGUUUUUGAAGUCAACAUAAAGCAACAUGUCAUAUUAUUACCAGAAUAAAGACAUGAUAGUUGAAGAAUGAAGCAGUCAUUUUUUGAGAACUUAUACACCAAAAAUAAGAAGUUAAAAGGAGAAAUGUUUGCACAUCUUGUGAAAUAAGGACAUGUUUCAUCUUUUAUCACCGGACUAGCUGAGCUGGUCACAUGACUAGCUGACUGCAUCAUAACUCUUUAAACUUUUAUCUCAUAAUGAUUUUACUCUCAUAACAUUGUGACUUUAUUUUCAUGUUAUUACAACUUUAUUCUGGUGAUUAAAAAAAUAAAAUGUCUUAGUCUGGCGCAUUAGACUCUCUCCUACUUAUUAAAUGUCUUACUUUUUAGCAAUAUUAAAAUGUAAAACAAACAUAAUAAAAAUGACAUAAGUAGAAAAUAAUAAUAUAGCACAUAAUACACAAUAACAGUAUAUACAUUGUUUUAAUUUUAUUGUGUAUUUACAUAAGUUACAUCUAUUACCCCACAACAUAUUUAUCUUUUGUUAAAAUUAGUACAUUCUUAUUGUGCGAUAUUUACUCGACUACAUAAGCUUACUGUAAUAAAUGCUGGGAUAUAUCUAAACAUAUGCUACUGAAAUAUUAGAUUCCUUAUUAUUUAUUCUGGUUUUGACCUCAUCUGCAGCAGCGGUGGAGAAUUUUGUCACAACAUUUUCUCUGCUUUAUCAUACUGGCUGCGAAGAGUGAGAGGUAGACUGAGAACUCGUUUGUGUUCAUCGAUAAUCCUUCCCUGUUAGUUUGUUCCUGUUCUGGAGUUUCGCUGCACUCAAUGAGAUUAGAUUGUAAACUAGUAACAGCCAGUUAAACUAGUUCCUUCUCACUGUAUGGGUAUGUGCUAUAUGUAGCUAACUGCUGGUGCUGGUUCCAUAUUAGUUAGUUAGUUAGUUAGUUACAGUAAUACCUUGUACUUUAAUGAAGUUAUUGGAACAGGUCAUAUUUUGUUUAAUCUCAACUGUAAAUACAAUGUAAAAACCAGCAAAUAUAUAAAAUUCCCUUUGUCAUUUUUUUUUCUAUUUUAAAGAUUACUCAGAUUUUUCCAAGUUGUGUUUGAGCCAAGCCUUUAAUUUCAGCUGUAGAAUUUAUGUUUGUUAAAAGAAAAAAAUAGAAACUCAUUGCAAACCUUUUAUCUGUAUUGUUGUCUUGCUGUGUUUUUACGACUGUUUUAGGCUGACUAUAUUAUAUGAAAUAUUAUAUUCCUCUUAUACAAUAUAUCCACUUCAUAUAUUUUGUCUUUGUAGUAAGCAACUGAUAAACCGAAAUAAAAGUCACA